AUGGCGCCUACGGGCGGUGGGGGAGGAGGAGCAGCAGGAGGCGGUCUUGGUGGAGGGGGAAAUAUCAAGGUCGUGGUCAGAGUGCGACCCUUUAACAAUCGCGAGAUUGAUCGCAAUGCGAAAUGUAUUGUUCAGAUGCAGGAUGCCCAGACCAUUCUGCAACCUCCUCCGGAGGCAGAAGACCGUCUUCGAAAAGGUGGGAAGGAUGGCGCAAGCGCGCAACGCACUUUUAAAUUCGACAAGUCCUACUGGUCUUUCAACAAGGCAGAUCCCAACUAUGCUGGUCAAGACAAUCUAUUCGACGACCUGGGCGUUCCGCUACUCGACAACGCCUUUCAAGGCUAUAACAACUGUAUCUUUGCAUAUGGACAGACGGGCUCCGGGAAGUCCUACAGCAUGAUGGGUUACGGCGAGGAGGCCGGCGUUAUCCCUCGGAUUUGUCGAGAAAUGUUUGAACGGAUCAAUGGGCUACAGUCUGAUCCUCACCUGACUUGCACUGUCGAAGUCUCCUAUCUGGAAAUUUACAACGAACGGGUCAGAGAUCUUUUGAACCCGGCGACCAAGGGCAAUCUCCGGGUCAGAGAGCAUCCUUCUACAGGUCCUUAUGUGGAGGAUCUGGCCAAGUUGGCCGUCCGUUCCUUCAGUGAGAUCGAGAAUCUUAUGGACGAAGGUAACAAAGCCCGGACAGUGGCGGCCACAAAUAUGAACGAAACUUCCAGUCGCUCCCAUGCCGUCUUCACCCUCACUCUCACGCAAAAGCGCCACGACGCCGAAACAAACAUGGAUACCGAAAAAGUCGCAAAGAUCAGCUUAGUCGAUUUAGCUGGCUCCGAACGUGCAACCUCCACUGGCGCUACCGGUGCUCGUCUAAAGGAAGGAGCAGAAAUCAAUAGGUCUCUCUCAACCCUUGGUCGGGUUAUCGCGGCACUCGCAGACCUUUCUUCCGGCAAAAAGGGCUUGAAAGUGCCAUAUAGAGAUUCGGUUCUGACCUGGCUUCUUAAAGAUUCGCUUGGCGGUAACAGCAUGACUGCCAUGAUUGCUGCAAUCUCGCCCGCCGAUAUCAAUUUUGAGGAGACGCUAAGCACCCUGCGAUACGCCGAUUCGGCCAAGAGGAUCAAGAAUCAUGCUGUCAUCAAUGAGGAUCCAAACGCACGCAUGAUCCGCGAGCUCAAAGAAGAACUGGCCAAACUCAGGAGCCAGCUUGGGGGAACUACUGCUGCAGGUGCCGAGGAGACCUACCCCGAGGGGACGCCGCUCGAUAAACAAAUGGUCUCGAUCGUGCAGACGGACGGCUCAGUCAAGCGUGUUAGUAAAGCCGAAAUUAUGGACCAGCUGAGCCAAAGUGAGAAGUUGUACCAGGACCUCAACCAGACUUGGGAGGAGAAGCUCCAAAAGACGGAACAGAUUCAUAAAGAGAGAGAGGCUGCGCUAGAAGAAUUGGGCAUCAGCAUUGAGAAGGGGAACGUGGGUAUGAGCACCCCCAAGAAGAUGCCCCAUUUGGUCAAUCUGAGCGACGAUCCUCUGCUAGCUGAAUGCCUCGUCUAUAACCUGAAGCCAGGGGUUACCACAGUCGGGAAUGUCGACUCGUCCGAAGCUUCCGAAAUCAGGUUGAAUGGGUCCAAAAUCCUGGAUCACCACUGCAAGCUCGAGCAUGUCGACAACGUUGUGACAAUCAUCCCUCAUGAGGGAGCAGCUGUCAUGGUCAACGGUGUGCGUGUUGACAAGCCCAAGAGGCUGAAAAGUGGAAAUCGUAUCAUUUUGGGAGACUUCCACAUCUUCAGGUUUAACAACCCGUUGGAAGCCAAAGCCGAACGCGCCGAAAGAAGUCUGCUCCGACAAUCCGUCACUGCCAGCCAGUUGAGUUCCCCAACGCCAUUCCGUCCUGGACACGAAAGAACCUGGAGUGCUGCAGGAUCAGAAUUCGAUGGUGAGUCAAGCCGAGCCCAGUCUCCAGGUCUCGGCAGUAACAAAGACUCGGACUGGUUCUUUGCUCGUCGAGAGGCCGCCGGCGCUCUUCUUGGGUCAGAUCCAAAAAUCAUGCAACUCACUGAUGAGGAGCUGGACAAUCUCCUCGAGAAUAUCCAGAGAGCAAGAGAAGAGCGACGCGGGCGUUCCGACAACAAACAUUUCGAACAUGAUGAAGACUCGGACGACCUCAGCUCUUUUCUUGUGCGCGAUAAGUACAUGUCGAACGGCACCAUUGACAACUUUUCUCUCGACACGGCCUUGACGCUCCCAGGCACUCCCUCUGUACAUGGCAGUUCACAAGAAGAUGGCGAACCGACCUUGACCCCAAGCCAGUUUGGACACCAAGUGCAGAACCCAACGCAUAAAACCGGGGAAGGGGAUAAGCAAGGAGUCGCAGAGGACGCAUCCAAGGAUGCAGAACGCGAAGCCCAGGCGGCCCGGAUGCAGCAAGAGUUGGAACUGGCAAGGCAGGAAUUCGAAGAAGAACUUCGAAAACAAAAGGAAGAGUACGAGGCACAGAUCAAGAAAAUGGAUCGAGACGUUAGAAUACGAGAAGCUGCUCGAACGCCAGCUGGGUUCCUGCCUCUGGAAGCUCCUGAGAAAGCCAUCGCACGGAACGUCGUGGAAAAGUGGCAACAAAGAAACUACAUCUUGAUAGCAGAGGCAAUAUUGCAAAACGCCGGUCUUCUCAAGGAAGCACAAGUCAUGAGCAAAUUGCUGGAUCACGAUACCAACUUCCAGUUUGUGAUUUUGGACAAUGGACAAGAAGGUGGCUCGUCGUAUGAUCUCAUCCUCCAAGAUAUCUCUGGAGACGAUGACGAUGCGCUAGCGGCUGCGCACAAGCCGUGUCUCGCCGUGAGGGUUAUCGACAACCAGCUCAGCUGUAUCCACCUUUGGUCGCUGGAAAAACUUCGACUGCGAGUGGCCAAAAUGCGCCAAAUGCGCCAGUACAAGAAUCAGCCAGAAUAUCUGCAGCAUUUCCGGAUAGACAACCCGUUCCGCGACUCUGACCAGCCCUUGUUUUCGCUCAUCGGCGACGGGAGCAUUCCUCUGACCGCUGUGUUCGAAACGCGGGUGCAAGAUUUUGUGGUAGAGAUAACCUCGCCAUCUACAAGACAAAUUGUUGGCAAGGUGAGGAUGUCCUUGGAACCAUCGUUGGCAGAGUCUCCGCCGUCCACAAUCAAGUUCAACAUUGUCAUGCGUGACUUUGUGGGCUUCGCCGAACACGAAGGGACACAAGUGCAUGCGCAGAUGACGGUGCUGGGAACCGACGACGAGAGCGUGGCGACCACCCAGCCCAUCCACGGGUUUGGCGACGGUCCAGUACGCUUUGAGAGCAUCCACAACCUGAGUAUUCGUCGCUCUGGGGAGAAAUCUGCAACUCUGAAGAUCGCCAUUUUUGCUCAGGUCAGUUCGACGCAUCUCGAUAAGCUGAUCAGCUGGGAUGAGCUUCGUGAAAUGAACGAGCAACCUCCCGAUCAACAGCCUGCUCAUCGUUUGCCCGAGUCUGAAUACAUGGUUGAAGAACGGCAUGACGUCUUCGCAAAGGUCCAGAUCCUCGAGCUCGCAGAAAACGGCCAGUACAUGCCCGUUGAAGUCUUGCAAAGCAACCCGAACGAUUGCGGCGCAUUCCAGCUGCAUCAGGGGCUCCAACGUCGAAUCUCCGUCAAUCUAACGCACGUCCUGACCGAGGGUCUGCCAUGGGACGAUUUGAAGUCUUUGCGAGUUGGAGAAGUCCAUCAACUUGAUUCGUCUGGGCGUGUCACGGAUAUUGCGUCCAUCACCCCGGAUAUUCCCCUCAAACAAAUUCAAGAACCCAUGAUCAAAGAUAAUGCCGAUGGCACCUCGAACAUCACAAUCGUGGGACAAUGGGACAGCUCAUUGCACAAAACCCUUCUCCUCGACCGCGCCACCAACGAAAACUCAAGAGUUCAGAUAUCGCUGCGUUGGGACGUUAUCUCCAGCCGUCUCGGGCGCGAUCAGCCGAUGACAUUCUCUAUUGACCAACAGCUCCAAAUUCUGCCGCGAUCUUACGUUCGUCCCCAGUCAAUGUUCAAAUCCUUCUGGAAUCAAACCCGGGUAACCCAUUCUACAGACGGGCUGUUCUCGAUUGUCGUGCGACCAGUCAGCGCAAAGAGAGCCGCCGAUCUAUGGCGUCUAGAUACUUCGAAGAAUUACAUCAACGGGGAAGAACUUCUCGGCAACUGGCAACCAAGAGGGAUUUCGUUGGUAAAAGAUUACUUGAUCGCGCGAAGGAAAAGGCGCCAGUUGGAGGAUAUCGAAUCCGCGAAAGCAGCAUUGGGGUUGCGCAAACUGAGUGUGACCGCACACAAGGCCCGCGGUCGCGCAGCAUCGCCUUCUUCUAAGCUGGAUUCCCGGGAGGAGAAUCUUCUACGCAAAUACCUCGCGAUCUGGAUGAAGCCGAGUGCGGAGAUGAAAAACCCUAUCUUUGAUGAAGGUGACGAGAGCACACGAUCCCGACCCUCGCCCACACCGGUGCCUGAAACGUCGCGAUCAUCGUCGACCCGUUACCAAGCCACUAUCGCCCACGUACCCAAGAACGCAGUCUCCCUCAAAUCAGGCUAUCUCCUCAUGCCUUCGGAAACCUACGAACCCUCCCCCUCUGGCAAUCAUGGCAGUACCAUGCAAUGGAAACGACGGUUUGUCGAUCUGCGCCCUCCCUAUCUUCACAUUCAGUCCGUCCCUGACGGUGAGGGAAUCAACGCGGUAAACCUGACCCAUGCACGAAUCGAUCAUGAUCCGGACUUUAAGCGCCUACUUGGCGGUGGAUCAUCUAUUUCAUCACAAGAUGGGGCCGACUCUUCAUCGGCAGAGCAGCGUGGGGGUCAUAGAAGGACCGGAAGCAAUGCGGAACUCCACGGUCUAGCUCACGUAUUCGCGGUUUACGGCGAGCAGAAUACCUUCUUGUUUGCGGCGAGGAGUGAGAGUCAGAAAGUCGAGUGGAUCCUGAAGAUCGAUCAGAGUUACUUCGCCAGUGAAGGGGAACAACAGGAUCAGAUUGAGGUCUGA